AUGUUUAUAUGGGGCUUUGUGUUGGCAGCGAGUCUGGUGGCGACAUUAGUCUACCGACACUAUUUCCAUCCGCUAUCCCAUAUCCCUGGGCCCAAAAUAGGCAUAUCAACCCGUGCCUGGCAGAGCUGGCGGUAUCUAAAAGGACAAUGGCAUACCGAUAUCCUCGAACUACAUGCACGGUACGGCCCAGUGGUACGCAUCGCCCCAAAUGCGGUAUCUAUACUCGACGCCAAUUAUGGACUACGGGCAAUCUACGGCCAUGGCACCAAAGCGACGAAGACCGACUGGUAUCGGAUUUGGAACAGCAGUGGGAAGAUAUCCAACACUGCCUUUAGUGAGAUAGAUGUCAAUGAGCAUUCACGAAAACGCAAGCAAGUUGCGAAAGCCUAUGCUAUGACAUCUAUUCUCAAAAUGGAAAAAUACAUUCAAGCUAUUGUUGAUCAGAGCAGAGAAACGUUUGCAGAAUGCGUCGCAGAUGCGAGAAAAGGUGAGACAUGGGCAGUCUUGGACAUGGCGGUUUACACUCAAGCGUUUGCCUUCGACGUUCUAGGAGAAAUUGGGUUCGGGGGAAGCUUUGAUCUUUUGAAAACGAGAGGCGAGGGACCUUCAAAGUCUAUUGUCGAAGCGAUUGAUUUGAGCUUCCUGGUCCUGGCAAACUCGGGAUACCUUCCUGGCAAGCUUCGUUGGUUAAAGUCCAACGGAAUCAGAACAAUCUGCAAGUUGGCCAACAUUGACCUGAGCAGACUUCAGCAACUGUUCAAAGUGACUCAAUAUGCCGACGAGAUGAUCCUGAAACGGAAACAAGAGAAAGCUUCACGCACCGAUCUACUUCAACAGUUCAUUGAUUCUAAAACUAGCGACGGCAAGCCUCUAGACCAUCCAGAACUGCUCGGAGAAGUUGUGAGUCUCUUGGGAGCCGGAGCAGAUACCACAGCCAUUGGUAUUCGAGCCGCCUUGGGUCCCUUGGUUCUCGAUCGCACUGGCUAUCGAAAGCUUAUAGAGGAGAUUGACUCUUUUUAUGCCACCCACAAUCUGGAAGGUCGGGAGAUAAAGUACACAGAAUGCCUGGACUUGCCCUAUCUUCAGGCGGUGAUUAAAGAAGGCCUAAGAAUGCACCCGUCCAUCCAGUUCCAACUUCCUCGUUUUUCCCCUGCGGGUGGCGUCACGAUAUGCAAUGCAUACAUCCCUGCAGGGACGGAGAUUUCCAUGUCACCGGUUGCGAGCAACCGCGAUAAAGCCGUAUUUGGAAAAGAUGCAGACAUUUGGAACCCGGAUAGGUGGUUAGAAAGCAACGAGAGAACGGCUUGGAUGGAUAAGCAUAAUGCCACGUUCGGAUAUGGUGCAAGGUCCUGCUUGGGAAAAAAUAUCGCUUUGGUGGAAAUCAAUCUCUAUGUCGUACAGCUGCUACGUCACUUCGAACUCAAAAUAGCCAAUCCCAGUGAGCCAUGGAAAGUCCACACCUGCUGGUCGUCAAGUCAAAAGAACAUGUUUAUGAAAGUAACCGAGCGGAAUCGGUAG